CACGCUGAACCAUUUAAUCACAUUCACACGCAUACAACCAAAUCAAAAUGCAUUACAGAUAUACACCACCAUCGCCGCCAAAUUCGCCGACACCGUUUAGUACCAAUUGGGUGCAGAACGUCGACGACGAUGAUGACGACGACGACGGGUCGCCAGUGAUAAUACCGAUGAGCGUGGUAGACGCUGCAGCAGCGGAAGCGGUGAGGCGUAUACAGCUGCGAAUAGAGAGGGUGUUCUCGCUGACCGACGUAGUGGAUCUAACGAUGUCUUCGGAGGAGGAGGAGUGCAGUUCGUCAUCCACGUCGAGUGUGAUGGAGCUACCCGUCAGCGACACGGAGAGCACAGUCGAAGAAGAGACUGAAAGUAGUAGUAGUAGUGCCGAUGAUGAUGAUGACGACACUGACUACGACGACGAAGACGACGACGACGAAGAAGAAGAAGAAGAAGAAGAAGACAAUGACGACGACGCUAGCAAAAAUGGAUGA